GACAGCUCUUUUUGAUUGAUUGUUAUUUGUUAUGUACUUUGCUCACAUCGUAAACAUCGAAACCCCCCACAAACCCCAAAUUAUAAAAUAAAAUAAAUACAACACAAAAAUAGCACACAGAGUUUAGCCCCCAUUUUGGUUUUGGAUCCUCAGAUUUCUCAUAUACUUAUCUCAUCGAUCUCGCCGCCCACAUUUCCCAUUUAAACAACACACCCAUCACCAACUCACCAAAACCAAACCCAAAACCAAAAAGCACUGAUACAAAGUAAAAAUGGCGUCGUCUACGGUGCCCUGUCCAAAGACCCUUUUGCUGCGACAUUCCAAUUCCACUAACCACACCCAGCCUAGACCCAAGCAGUCCUUGAAGCUGGUUUCUUUUCACCGUGGGUCGACUCCCAGACCCUCUUUGCUUUUCGGAUCUUCGCUUCCUGACCCGAUCCCUAAUUUGAAGCAAUCCACUGUCUGGAAGGUCUGCGCACAGCUUAAUGAGGUAACUGCCAAGAAAUCUUCAAAUUCUGCACCCAUACCUUCCACGCAGCCUGGAGUUGUAUCGUCAGAAGGGAGAGAUGAGUCAUCGCAUCCUGUACCAGACCCUAGUUCAGAUGUAUCAUCAAUCUCAGCAUUCAUGUCUCAAGUAUCAGACCUUGUCAAACUUGUGGAUUCAAGAGAUAUUUCAGAGCUGCAACUGAAGCAAAUGGACUGUGAGCUCAUAAUUAGAAAGAAGGAAGCUUUGCAGCAGGCAGCACCAUCUGCCCCUGUUGCUAGUAUGCCACCACAUCUAACCUAUGCGACGCUUCCAUCUCCACCACCACCAGCCACGGCAGCUGCUCCUGCAAGCCCUCCUCCUUCUGCACCAGCACCUGCCUUACCCGCACCUGCAAAGGCAAGCGCUUCAUCUCAUCCACCACUGAAAUGCCCCAUGGCUGGAACCUUCUAUCGCAGUCCUGCACCUGGUGAACCACCAUUUGUCAAGGUUGGAGAUAAAGUCCAAAAAGGUCAGGCCAUCUGCAUAGUUGAGGCCAUGAAACUAAUGAAUGAAAUUGAGGCUGAUCAGUCUGGAACAAUAGCCGAGAUUCUUAUGGAGGACGGGAAACCAGUUAGCAUAGACACGCCUCUUUUUGUCAUUGUACCUUGAGUUACUAGGCGCAAGGCCCUUUCUCAAACUUGGUGGCAAAUCACUCUUUUCAGUGUAAUAUUCAUUGAAUUUUCCCAUUUAGUAAUGCUUCUAUUACACCGUAAUUUUAAUUUAAUAAUGGUCUUAUACUCCUUGUGUGAUUUAUAAAACAAGGGAAAAGCUCUAGAUUGUAAGAGGAUUGAUACUGGGCCAUCGCUUCUGCCUAAUUUUAGACAGCUUUGGCAAGUGUUUUAUAAAGUUUGUUGUUUCUUGCAUUUUUGAAA